AUGAACGUGUUAUUGGAUACAAGUUGUGGGUUGAAAACAUCAGCAAGAGGGAAGCUGGCUAAUACAAAAUGUGAAGCCAGUAAUGAUUGUGGCAAUGCAAGAGAUGUGACAAGCAUUGAUGUGCAUUACAAACCAGAGAAUGUGCAAUUUCCAUCAUCUGCCCUGGGUAACAAAGCAUGCAGGGGUGACAUGAUUAGCUUUAACUGCUCAGCUGAUUCUAAUCCAUCGGUGACAUCUUACCAGCUGUUCGAGAAUGACACUGCUAUCUCAAACGCAAAUCUCUCAGGAAUGUGGAAAAGAAACGUGUCAAUGGGCGGAGUGUUCAUGUACAAAUGUGUGGCCAACAACUCUCUAGGAUCAAAAUUCAGUUCAUCCCUUAUGGUCACGGUGAAUGAGCCUUCAUCCAUACAACCAAUGCACAGCAUGACAGUGACUGAAGGUGACAAUGUGACUCUGAUGUGUAGCGUAUCUGGAAUGCCUCCAUCAAUUGUGUCUUGGAUGAAACAUAAUGGUCAGCUUCAUAGUGGAUAUCUGCUGGAGCUUGUGAAUAUAAGUAGGAAUGAAGCUGGUGAAUACAAAUGUGAAGCCAGUAAUGAGUGUGGUAAUGCAACAGAGAUGGCAACAAUUGAUGUGCAGUAUGCACCCACGAUUACAAACAUUUCUGGAGGGCAGACUGUAAACAAAGGUGACAUGGUGAGUUUGUUCUGUAUGGCAGAAGGUAAUCCAUCACCAACUAUGACUUGGACAAAAGUCGCCGACAACAGUCCAGUGAACUUCCCAAUGAUCAUCUGUGGUAGUCAGGAUGAAGGACUGUACAGAUGUACUGCUAAGAAUGAUGUUGGAAGCCCUGUGACAAGGGAUGUCAGCAUGACAGUACAUCGAAACCCUUGCCUUGAGGAAUGUACGAAUGGACGAAAUUGCAGAGAAUUCGGAAAAUACCUUUGCCUAUGUCCAAAAGGGAAAACAGGACAUAAUUGCAAAGAAAAUGGUAAGUUGAACAAAGACAGACGAUGGCGGGCGAAGAUUUUUGACAAAUUGGUUAACGAGAGGUCAAUAAUUGAGACUCAAGGGUGCGAUGGAGGAGGGAAACUAUGUCUACCAGUACUACAAGUCUGA